UGGAGAGUGAAUAUGCUGUCUUUUUUGUUUCUUCUUUUGUAAAGAAUUCUGAACAUGAUGUGGUACUUCAUUUCUCUUUAUUUUAAAUCCUGAAAUUACGUUUGUUCCCUCGCAAAAAAAUUAAUGAAUUAGGUUGAGAUCACUGCAAUAAACGAACUGAACGAGUACAUGGUGCAAAACAAAUUGGUAGCAAUUUAUUUUGGUAUUGGUACAGACAAACACCAACUAUAACAAUGUAAACGUGGAUAAGGGUCCGUUUACGCUUGAAUAGCGCUCUAAACUAAGGGUACCGGUACGGUACUGGUAGAUGACAACAGUUUGGCUAACCUACCCAGCUCCCGUAAUACUUGUCGUUAAUAGCCAAAAGCAAACUAUAUAUUUUAUUUAUGACUCCUUUUGACUUUUUUUUAUGUAUUUCUCUCUUUCAUUCGACCAAUUUUCUCCUUUAAUCCACAGCUUCAAAUACCAUUCUCCCUGAUAUUUCUAGUAUAUUAAAUUAUUUUUCACAGUUGCAAUUAUCUCCAAUAAUGUUUGCAUCAUCUUAAAACUUUUGUUAUAAUAGCUAAAACAAUAAGAUAGAGAAGAAGGGAAUCUACAUUCGCUAUCUUCCUUCCAACAUCUGCACACAUGUCGUUUUCGAGCCUAAGUAGCAAUAAAUUGGCUAGAUAAAAACAUCUCUUCAUGUUUUCUUUUGUUCACUUCUAACCUUUGUCAACUCCUACAGCUACCAACUCAAGAAAGAACUGUUUCUUCCUUCAACCACCCCUGUGACCGAAUUCAUGUUUUUUCACAUGCUACCCCACCGAGGAGCUGUUUUCCAAAAUUAGCACUGUCACUCUCAUCCAGUACAAAUAUUUUCAUAAGCAUUUUCUGAUAAAGCGGAAAAGUUUUUUAAAAAAAAGAGAGAAAAGGUUACACCGGCCAGUCUCACCCUCCCUGGCUGGGACGGCUUCAUGGCCACACCGGAGGAUGGGAGGCCACACCCACACACCCGCGCAAGGCCAGAAGAAUCAGCAGCACAAGCAAAGAUCCCCAAACCCAAAGCAAGAUACAAAAACGAGUAAAACAAUUGCAAAAAAAAACUCAAAAAAAGUCGGGCAAAAUCCCCCACUUCACUCCUCCCCUGCCUCUCCUCUGCCUCAAACUGUAACACUGCCUCACCAGUUCGCUGCGGCUCCCCCUCGUCCUCGCAGGCGCGUCGAUCCGGAGGGCGCCCGCCGCCGCCUGCUGGAGCGGAGGCCCGAGCGGGAGCGGGAGCGGGGGCGGCGAAUCUGGAGCCCCGGGGACCUGCAUUGCUGCGGAGCCGCCGCGCGUAGCCAGAUCUCCCUCCCCACCUGCCGCGGCACCGGCACGGCAUGGUGGCUGCCGCGGCGGCGGCCACCGCGCCAGAUCCGGCCCACCCCGCCCGACCUCCGCUCACGCCGGCGCUCGACAAGCCCAACUCCGCCGCCGCGCGGAGGAACUCGCGCUCCAACAAGCCCGUCUCCUCCAGGUACCUGUCCGCCGCCGCCGCCGCGUCCCCGACCUCCUCCACGUCUUCCUCCACGUCGUCGUCUUCCUCGUCCUCGUCCCGGCGCUCCCUCUCGGCGCAGCGCACCCGAGCGUCCACUCCGCCGCCGCAGCACUCCACGUCGCCCACCACCACCGCGUCGGCAGCGGCCGCGGCCGCGGCGGCGACGGCUACCGCGACCACGAUGCGGAGCCUCUCGGUGUCGUUCCAGGGGGAGUCCUUCUUCUACAAGACGUCGCGCGCGCCGCGGGCCUCGUCGCCGUCCUCACCCGCCGCGCGGCGCGGGCCCACGCCGGAGCGCCGGAAGAGCGUGUCCUCCGUGCCGGAGGCCGAGAACGCGCGGCCGCACGGCCGAUGGCCCGCGGCCAAGCCCAAGGCGUCGGACCCGCUCGCGCGCAGCCUCGACUGCAGCCUCGACCGCAAGGACUCCAUCCUCGCCGCCGUUCACCUGCUCCGCCGCUCCAUGGCCUUCGACUCCACCACAUCGCUCUCCCCGUCCGACCCGGCAGCUGCAGCCGCUCCAGACCUGUCCGCGUCCUCCGACACCGACAGCGUCUCGUCUGGUAGCAACUCGGGCGCAGGUGAUCCCCCGCGCCGUGGCAUCAGCGUGCCGGCGAGGUUCUGGCAGGAAACCAACAGCCGCCUGCGCCGCCUACCGGAGCCCGGGCUGCCACUACCGUCGUCUGGUCGAAGGUCGUUCUCAGACAGUCCAAUGUCGCCGAGGCUGCCGAGGCGGUCCCCAUCUCCAUGCCGUGGAAGCAGGGGCGUCGCCAGCCCAUCAAGAGGACGUGGUGGGGAGGCAUCGCCAAAUGGGCAUGCGGUGCAAGCUCCAGCAAAUGCGCCAUCUAUCAUCAGCUUUGCUGCAGAAGUCAGAAGGGCGAAGAAGGGGGAAAACAGAAUCGAAGAGGCACACAGGUUGCGGUUGCUGGACAAUCGGCAUUUGCAGUGGCGAUGCAUCAAUGCACGGACAGACGCGUCACUUCUGGUGCAGAGCUUCACUGCUGAGAAAACCCUUCACAGCGCAUGGAAAGAAAUAUCAAGAUUACGUGACAAUGUCAGUUCCAAAAGAUGCAGACUCCAACUUCAGAAACAAAAACUCAAGCUAUUUGCUAUUCUUAGGGGUCAAAUGUCAUAUCUAGAGGACUGGUCUCAUAUAGAAAAACACCAUUCAAGUGCUUUAUCAGCAGCAAUCAAAGCACUGAAGGCUAGUACUCUUCGUCUUCCGGUUGUUGAUGGUGCAAAGGCUGAUGUGCAAGGUGUGAAGGAAGCUGUUAACUCAGCUGUGGAUGUAAUGCACACGAUGACAUCCUCGAUAUGUAAUUUGCUGUCUAAGGUUGAGGGAACAAGCUCCGUAGUGUCUGAGCUUGCUAAACUUGCCACACAAGAACAAAUGUUGCUGGACCAAUCGAAGGAUCUCUUGUCCACGGUUGCAGCAAUACAUGUCAAAAAGUGUAGUUUGCAAGCUCACAUGCUACAACGAAACCAAAAGCAGAGCCCAGCAGAGUUGUAGAUCAGUUUGCCUCACCACGUUGGGUGGUCACUAACAUCACACGGCCUCGCCUUUUCUCACCGGAGACUGUGCUACAGGUAAUAAAAAGCUGUAACCAUUUGUUGGGUGUGAAGCGUGUCCUAAUCUGCUCGAUCGACCUCACCUGAGUGUAGCUGAUUCAUGUAAUUUUUUGAGUGCAUAUCAACCCAUAGAAGCGGCCCCCUCUUUACCUGCAGUCGCUGCAGUUGGUGUAUACAGAAAUCCCUAGCCUUGACCCAAAGAUAAGCUUCCUGUAGAUAUGAAAAAAGCUUGUCGUUUGCGUGCUUACUCUUGCGUGUGGAGUGCUCGAGUGGUGACGAGUGUUUGUAUUGUGAAUGACAGACAUUUUGUUGGCUUGAUACAGGGUGUUUUUCAUGGCAAAAUUAACACGGAGGUUGUUUAUCCUGA